AUCAGCGCGAGCGCCUCAAACUUUACACCGACAUUUAUGGUUUUGUGAAGCUCAGCAGAAACCUGCUCGGUGAAGUUGAAAAUGAUGCCCAGGACUACCAGGAAGAGAAAGCUCCCGUCUCUGGACUCUGACAGUGACCCGUCCAAGAAGGGGGUUAGAGAGGAGAUGUCACCCGUGAAGAGGAGAUCCCCACGAAAGCCUCCAACAAGAAAGAAGCCAGUCGGAUGUCCGGACAAGGAGAACUGCUCCUCCCCACAGAAGUCCCCACGUAAACCAGCAGGCUCACCAGCCCAGUCGCCCCGCAAGUCUCCAUUCAAACCUUCCUUGGUUACAAGCUCCUUCUAUGGCAAGCAGAAGCCUAUCUAUCUCACUCCGCUUGAGAGGAAGGCGAUAAAAGAGUCUCUGCCGUCACGUCUUCCUUCUCCUCCCUCUUCUUCUCCUCCUUUGGCCAAAAAGCCAGGAAAGAAGGCUAAGAAGAACUCUAAAGGAGGCAGCAAACCCAGAAAGGCGACUACAGGACCUAGUAAUGGGAGGAAGACAGCUUUUAAAUAUACAGCAUCUACAAAGCCGAUCAAGCUGUCAAAAAUCAACAGCAGUGAUGCUGCUGUGACCACAGCACCUGCCAGCAGCAACCCUGGAGAGCCUAAAAAAGCAAUCACCAUCACGUUCAGCAGCCUGAAGCCCAAGCCCAAGAUCUUUGUUGGAGCUGCUUUCUUUAGUACAGGGAAAAAACCUACGUCCAUGUACAAGAAAGCUGCACCCAAGUCGUACUCCAGGCCAGCUUCAGUCCCAGAGAAAAACAAAGCUGUACUGCCACAGAGCGAGACAUCAAAGCAGCAGGUCGCUUCAAUGACAAAGCAACAGCAGAAAGAACCAGAAAAGACGGCUGUCCAGCCGGUCAAUAGAGAGGAGAACCAACUGAGCACCAAACAGAGAGUGAGGUGUGAUCCAUCCGACUGGAUUGACUCUGAUGAUGAUGAGUUUAAAACUGUGCAGCCAGUGAGUUCUACGAAAGCGUUAAAAGAAAAGUAUGUGAUUACCCGGGAGGUUAAGAUUGUGUUGUCAAGGACCUCUACAUCAAGCUCUGCAGCUACAGCCUCAUCCUCCAACACUCAGGAUGAUUUUGUGACAGAAAGUGGCUCCGAGCCUGUCUUCGACCUGAGUGAUAUUAACCCCAGCAGCGCUGCCUCCAGCCCGCCCAAAGAGCCUGCUGCGGUGUACCCCAUAUUUGGUUCUGCCUCAAAAAGGUUGAAGAGCACAGCUCUGCGGACUCCGGUGUCCUGCAGCACCCCCUCUGGCACAGUAAUGUCAGUUCAAACUCCUUCUGCAGCCGCUAAAGAGCGAAGUGCUCGCAGGAGGAAGGAGAAGCAGGAUGAUGACCAGCUCAUCAUUGAUGCAGGUCAGAAACAGUUCGGAGCAACAACCUGCAGCUCAUGUGGGAUGGUAUACAGUGCAGAUAAUCCGGAGGACAAUUUCCAGCACACCCAGUUCCACCAGCGCUUCCUUGACUCCAUCAAAUUUGUGGGCUGGAAGAAGGAGCGGGUGGUGGCCGAGUUCUGGGAUGGAAAAAUUCUCUUGGUCAUGCCAGAUGAUCCCAAAUAUGCCGUUAAAAAGGCUGAGGACGUGCGCCGUGUAGCGGACAGCGAGUUGGGUUUCCAGCAGGUGACUCUGAGUAGACCGACGCAGGCUAAAACCUACCUGUUCAUCAACACAGAGCGAAUGGUGGUGGGAUGUCUCGUGGCUGAACCCAUACGACAGGCUUUCAGAGUCCUCGAGCAGCCCGAUCGACCCAAGGAUAUGACAAAGGACGACUUCAUGGAGCGGCACAGAGCCUGGUGCUGCUCCACUGUCCCAGAAAAAGCUCUGUGUGGGAUUAGUCGGAUCUGGGUCUUCAGCCUGGCAAGACGACAGGGCAUCGCAACCCGCAUGCUGGACACCGUCAGGAGCACAUUCAUGUACGGCAGCCAUCUAACCAAGGAGGAAAUGGCGUUCUCUGAUCCGACACCUGACGGCAAACUGUUUGCCACCAAGUACUGCAACACACCAGCCUUCCUCGUUUACAACUUCAUAGCAUGAGGUUGGAGAAGGAGUUUGAAUUCGGGGAUUAAAGAUGCCUUACUGAUUCAAUGGAGGUGUUGAAGUAGAACGUUGUGGUCCAUGUUGACAGAUCUUCAGGCAAUUGUUAAAAUUGUCUAUCAUAUGCAAAGCGACAGCUGUUCAGGUUUUCCCUUGUUGACUAGGCUUUAGUUUUGUAUGUGUUUAAGCUUCGGUUGUAUAAUUCUAUUUCAGUCUGUGUUCAGGAUUAGGUAUGUGUAGAGUUUUUAAAGGUUCAUGACAUACCAGUCAGUAUUUAUAUUCGGUACUGCCAGUUGGACUGUUGAAUGUUGUAUAAUGGCAGCGCUUUGGUGUAUUUACAUUUUUGCUUUGCUAAAAAGCUCAAAUGUUCAGUGAAUGAAGUUGUUUCACAGGUCGUUCUUGAACUAAGAGAUCGUUUGUCUUCUUGUGUUCAGGUUAAUGACAACGUUAAACUUCUUUGAUAAUGUUCUUAAUUUUGUUCUUCCUGCUCCCAGUUUGAUGUUUUCUGAGCACAUUGAAAGGAAAUAUUUACAGACAUCAACCUGUUGAAAGGUAAAAGCUAUUACUGUUUAAGGGCAUUUGAACUGUAAAUAGUUUUAAUAAACAUGUUGCCUUUGUUUUA